GGCAGAGAAGGAGUGCAGCCAUCUCAGCCCCGCCCGACGUGGCCCGGCCCGGCCCGCGCAGCCCGCGAGCUCGGGAGCCGCUGCUGCUGAGCUUCGGGGAAGGGAGGCGAUCAGCACCCAUAGGUACUCCGUUCCCCGCGGGACGGCCCUCUGCCCGGCAUCGGUGCGGCAGUGGGUGUGUGCUAUGAGUCCCCUGUCCGGCCGCCAGGGAGCUCCUGUUCGGAGCUGGAAAGUUGCAGACUGUGGCGAGCCCGGGAUGCUGUGCGGAGCGGCAGGGCGAACCUGAUUUCUUAGCUGCUUUCCCAAAUUAACAUGUGAGACACGCUGGAUCUGGGAAUAUCCACUGCCUGCCCAGACGAGCACUUGGAGGAUUGUGGCUUGAUCUCCCUCUUGUGGAAAAUUACUGGAACUAAAUUCUUGUGACAUUAAAGAAGAAGCAUCCAACAGCAGCUAAUGAACUAUGUCAACAGUUACUGUGAUACCUGCUGCUGUUGUUGGUACUGAAGGAAAUGAGGAAAUGGACUCUCUGAUUGUACUGCAUUAUAAUUACACAGGAAAGCUUAUUCUGAGGGAAAAGGCAACUGAUAACAUAGACCUUACCACUGUUGCAUUUCUGAUCCUCUGUAGUUUCAUAGUCCUGGAAAAUCUGAUGGUGUUGAUUGCCAUUUGGAAAAACAAUAAAUUUCACAACCGCAUGUACUUUUUCAUUGGCAAUCUAGCUCUCUGUGAUCUAUUAGCUGGGAUUGUUUACAAAGUAAACAUUCUUAUGUCUGGGAAGAAAACUCUGAGCUUGUCCUCCACAAUCUGGUUUAUUAGGGAAGGCAGUAUGUUCGUUGCGUUAGGAGCCUCCACCUUCAGCUUAUUAGCAAUAGCUAUUGAACGACACUUGACAAUGAUUAAGAUGAGGCCUUAUGAUGCAAAUAAAAAAUACAGAGUAUUCCUUCUCAUUGGAACCUGUUGGCUUAUUUCAAUCUCCUUGGGUGCCUUGCCCAUCCUUGGCUGGAACUGUAUAAACAACUUGCCAGAUUGCUCAACAAUUUUGCCUCUUUACUCCAAGAAGUAUGUUGUAUUCUGCAUUAGUAUCUUCAUAGCCAUUCUGGUAGCCAUUGUUAUUCUUUAUGCACGCAUCUACAUCCUGGUGAAGUCCAGCAGCCGUAACGUCACUAACCACAACAACUCAGAGCGGUCCAUGGCACUCCUUAGGACUGUUGUAAUUGUUGUUAGUGUCUUCAUUGCCUGUUGGUCACCAUUGUUCAUUCUGUUCCUUAUUGAUGUGGCCUGCCAAGUCAGGGAGUGUUCUGUCCUAUUCAAAGCCAACUGGUUUAUAGCUCUGGCUGUCAUCAAUUCUGCAAUGAAUCCUAUCAUCUAUACUUUGGCUAGUAAGGAAAUGCGUCGAGCUUUCUUCCGACUUGUUUGUGGCUGCCUGGUGAGAUCCAGGGCAGCCAGAUCUAUGCCUAUCCAGCCCACACCAGAUCACAGCCGAAGUAAAUCCAGCAGCAGCAACACCCAGAAGCCGAAGGAUGAUUUCCCACAGAUGAGCAUUCCCUCAUGUGUCAUUGAGAAACGUGAACCUUCAUUUUGCAAUGGAAGCUUCUGUAAGUAAAGUAUUCCUCAAGACAAGGACCUUUCUGUGGCUUAGAAUUAAACUACAAGUGUAGUUUAAGUAUUUGUGCACUUAAAUUGUAGGGGGAAACACUAACCGAUUAUUUAACUUCAAGGACUUCAUCAUCAACAAUCAUUCGCUUUGCAUGUCUUUCAGUGAGACAUCUUAUUCAGAAAUAACUUCUUAUGUUACUCAGCAGCCAGUACAGAGACCAUGCACAUCUACUGACAUUGUGACCAGGAUGACAUUACAUUGUGAAGCUGUAUUUGACACCAUCUGAUCCUUCAGGACAUCAGUAAAACCUGUUACAUUCACUAAAUGUUCACAAAAUAAGUAAAACUUCAGCAUUCACUAAACACUGCUGACAAUAAAAAAAAUGAGCCUGAUUUUUGCUGACUCAGAGAAAAGCUCAUUCCAUAUAUUGGGGAUUAUAAUUCUGUGUAUGUAUCUUUCUGUUACAUUAAUGGCCUUACUUGUAUGUCAUAUAAUAUAGCUGUAUAUUUGUACAAUACUUUAUUAAAAAGUCAUUGACUGGUUGGAGUUAACUGUAGUUUAAACAUUAUAUUGUAGUAUAGAGUAGAAGGUGACAAAUUAUAGUAAUAGAUAGAUGUGUUCCAAAGGGGAUUUUUAAAAUACUUUAAGUAGUAGCUUUAAACUGACAAACUUUAAUGCCAUACCAAUGCAGUAUUUUUAUGUUUCCACUGUUACUCAAACUUUUCAUGUUCAGUGAAAGACAACAUGAUAGUUGUCACUGUGAAAUUUCAGAAUUUAUUUUGUGUGCAGUAGUAAAUAACUAUUGUGAGAGAUUAUAUAUGUUUGCUAUUUAAAGCAGUUAAAAUGUGACCCAACCAUACAUAUAUCAAGAGUGUGUACUAGUUCAAAGCAUAUAUUUUUAUUUACUAUUUUUAGUGUAUUUAAAAAUGCAUGUAAAACCUAUGUAAAACCUAUGUACCUUGUGAAUGCACUACCUAAGUUGACAUCUUCAGUUCUGAAGAAGAGGUAUAUCAUUUCAGAUAGCAGUGAACCACAAUCUGAUUCUUGUGGAGUUACUCAUUCUCCCUCUGGACACUACCACAGCAUGGGAUUGUGAAAUAAAUUCUCCUAGGGAAGAGGCCCCACCAGUAGGAUGAGAUCCCAUUUUCUGGUAGAGGGACAUUAUGCUUCUAUUGUCUCUGAGCACUUUUGUAGAUAGGGGAGAAAAGAUGUGGUACAACAGAGUCAUGCUGAACAGCAUCUCUCAGUUUAUACCAGACCCUGCCUUGGAUCUGGAAUGAAAGCCCAUUCAUUUUGGAAGACCUUCCAACUUUUCAGGAGGCUCAGAAUCAUCCUUUUGAGGGGCUGGCCCAGAGAAACCUCUAUGAAAACAGCUUUGUAGUUUAUCACUGCCUUACCAGCCUCAGUACAGGAUGCUGUUUGGCAUCACUAAGACUUAAGACCCAGAGUAGAUAGGACUUCAUAAGCAUCUGAGUUUAUAUUCCCAUGGAAGUGGCCUGUGGUACUUCCAUCCAGGUACUUUACAGCUAGAGGCUUUGGUGUAGGCUUUCCCUUCAGUGGAAGGGAAGUACUCAGAUUACUUGGGCUUUUCUGAAGAUUCCUGCUUAAUGUCUCAAACCACACUUCACCUUAAGCACUAUCAGAAGAGGCUGUGGCUUUUUUAAUUAAUAACUUGUAGGAGCUCAUCCUUAGCUUGAGUUUGCUCUUAAUCAUUAUCAACCGCAUUAAGACUCUUUCCAAGCAUGUAUAGUGCGUGAAUAUAAUGUGUGUAGCAAAUGCCUUUAAAAUGUAGUUUGCAUUGUGAUUAUCUUUACAAGUUAGCAGUGUACUUGUACAUGUUUUCUUGCUGUUAAUGAAGUGUAAGAACAAAGAACAUAGAUUGCAUUUGAACAAACUGUGAAAGAGAGUAGUAAGUAUGAAUAACUUCUACCAAAAAUGGUAUAAUGCAAGGCAUAUAGAGAGGAAAGAACCAGCUAAACAAAGCUUACCGUGAACAGGAGCAUAAACUGCAGAUAUGGGCGAGGUCAGCAGCUCUGUAAGUUUUUUAGAAAUAAAACUGACAACAUUGUAUUGUUGUGGCUUAAGUUUUUAGAUGUUACAGUGCUAUUUGUGUGCAUUUUCAGUCUUGAAGAUCUGCCUUGGAAGUUGCGUGUUUGGAAACCGCCUGCAAAAAUGUUAACGUGCUCCUAAGUGCUAGCUUAUGAAGUGGUGGCAUGUGGCAGCAUUUCUUGCUUUUUGUAAAUGAGAAAGGCUGAAAAGACAGGACAGCUGAUGGAGAAAACAUUGUGGCUGUUCCACACAAACCCUCACAUUGUGUUAUGAUGUUAUGUGAUAUUCCAUAUUUAGGUGAAAAAUAAAAAUUGCAGUAGCCAAAAUCUAGAAACACGUCUGUAAAUACGAGUUGCGACAUCUGGAUGCUAGCCUUAGCUAUUGCUAGUUGAUGUAUGGUACAAGCAAUACAAGUAACUGUUCGAAGAUGUGAUUAUGUGUCAAUAAUAAUUAAAAGAAACAAACAAACAAACAAACAAACCCACAGCUCUCACUCCACUUUCUUAUUUUGGAGGUUUUUGUUUUUCUUUUUUAAGUUUUGGUUUUCUUUGAGGGCAGGGAGUUGGAAAGUGUGGAGUAUUUUAUUGCUCAGGCAUACUUGAAGCAGGUUCCUAAUACUCACACUUUCUCAUGGAACACUGAUAAUAAAAUUUACAAAAUACUGGCAAAUAAAUAAAUAAAUAAGUCUUGGUCUUUCUUCAGUGGGUACAGCUCACUAGCAUAUACUAGGCUAAACACAGAUUUGGGAAGAUUUCACAGCAAAAUUCUGGAGUAGGAUAAAUCAAGGGCUUAGAAGUACUGGACUCUAAACAAUCAGGAAAUAGCUCUAUGCUUGAAGCUUCUUACCCCCUAAAAUUUUAUAAAGUUCCUUAAAUUGCUGUGUUGAAUCCAAACUUUUUAAUACCUUGGCUGAUUUGAGUCUGCCAGAAAUCUGAAUCGAUCUCUCUUCAUAAUUGGUUUUACAUGAAACAAAAAACUGUUAAGCAAAGUCAGAUUUCAUUCAUACUAUUUCAUGAAUUGGGAUUUUUUUUUUUUUUCCAGAUUGCAAAAGAAAUUGAAAUCCAACCAUCUAAGGUGAAGAAAAAAAAACAAAAAAACCCUUCAUAUGCAGCUUUCACAAGAGUCACAUUGCUGACAGUCUGUUAUAGAGUAUGAGUACCAUAAACAUUUAGAAAACUUUUAUUUGAAUCUCAAAGCUUUGAGCAAAGUUGAUAUGUAGAAAUCAUCUUUUAAAGAAAUGUACAAAGAUUUUGGUCCUUCCUAGAAAACACAGUUUUAAAUUCUGGAUGCCAUGCCUGAAAGCACUACCUGUGAGAGCAGCAGCCUUGGGCUGCUGCUCUGCCAGUCUGGAGCCAGCAGAAAGCUCUGCCUCUGUUCUCGGAGCCAAUCUGCUCUCUGACCUUAUCUGCUUUGAAGGCCCACUGCAUUGGCUGCAACAUCCAUAGAAAAGGCACAUUUUGCACUAAGUGACUGUAAAUAGGGUGUAGCAUUUCCUGAAGCAUUUGUUUUUUCCAAUAGCUUUAGUGAGGAAAUGGAAAACACACCUGGGUGUAAAAUGCCAGGUGCCAAAAAGCUGAGAUCCUGAGGGCAACCAAUCCACCCCUGGUGAGCUAAGCUUUGUUAGCAUCAAUUCUAUUAGUGUCAUUUAACCUACCAUUUCCCGUACAAUCUGCAGCACAGAUCAGCCCCUUGACUAUGAUGGAAGCCCCACCCUGAGUCUGGGGACAGUCUCCUCUCAUGGUAAAAACUCACUAGCUGCAAGAACUGCAGCAGUGAUCAGGGGUUUCUGCUGGGCUGUCACUGAGCCAUGAGUCUCAAUGCAGCCUUGAGCAGGCUGCAAGAGUUGAAAUACCGUGAAGAGGUAUGUAGGCAUCUAUGUGGCCUUCAGGGCUGCAGCUCUUGCCAAGGGCAAUGCAACUUCCCAGGACAGUCCUGGGCUAAACUUUUCUUCCAUUGGUUUUGAGGGAAGGGUCUUUGCAAAGAACUAUUCUGGUGGUGUAGGAAGGGGAACUGGGGAGUGUCAGCCCAGCUAAACGUCCUUCAAAUGUGAAGGCUUUCUUAGCGCACUAAACAGCUUCUCUUGUAUGGACAUCAUCCUUGCAGUCACUCUCCAUGGAGAAACUAUGGAACUGGUUACUCUUACCUAUUUAGCAUGCCAAGCAGGACAGAUACCUUUUCAGGUGAGCACAUCAUCUGCCACAAAGAGUAUGGGCCUGUUCUUGCACCAAGAAAAAAUUAUUUGGCAAAAUAGAGAAGUGGAAAUCAAAAUAAUCUCUGUCAAAGUGAAUGGAACUGCUCUAGUGUAAAGUCAGUGUAACUAAGACCAAUACCUUUACACACUGCCUUGUCCUCUGAAAUGUUUGGUCUCUGUUUCUACUGGGUAGUUCAUUAACUUAAAAAUAUUCAAUAUCCAAUCAAUUCAAGUUAAAUGUUGUAGGUAGGUAGGUAGGUAGAUAGCUACAUAGAGAUGGUCUAUUAGGGAGCUUGGUCAUAGGAGCACAAACUCAAGCCCAGUUUACAUGCAUUCAGUUUUGGUAGCAGUGCUUGUUAUUUUAUUAAUUUGGUUAUCAAACACAAACUGAAUAAUCAGAAAACAGCUGCAUGACACUAACAUUCCAAAUUCUGUUGCUCAAGGACUUUCUCAGAGACAAAGUUUGCCUCCAUAACUAGAAUAUCACAAUCAGCAGGCAGGCAAACACUUUGAGAUUCACCAAAGUUUUGGGAAUAUAAAUUAUCACAAUUUUUCCACACACAUUAUUUUUUCCUGCACUUCUCAAUUAAAAUUUUUUCUAAAAACAAUAAAUAUUAAUAAAUAUAAAA